ACGAGCUAAGCGGAAGAGCCGCUGUUGUCUCAGCUCUCCUAGCCGCCGCCGCAGGAUGGGGACGCGGUGUUUAUCGCUCUUGUUCCUCUCCGUUCUCCUCCUGUAUCGCGCCACGGCCGACAACGGCAGCGUGAAAAAACUCAAAAUGCAGUACACGACGGGACCUCUGCUUAAAUUCCAGAUCUGCAUAUCCUGAGGAUAUAAGCGGGUGUUUGAGGAGUACACUCGGGUUCUGACCCAGAGGUACCCAGACAUCCGCAUACAAGGGGAGAACUACUUGCCCCAGCCCAUAUACAGACACAUUGCUUCCUUCAUGUCCAUGUUUAAGCUUGCUAUAAUUGUCCUCAUCAUUGUGGGAAAGGACCCGUUUGCACUUUUUGGUGUGGAAAGCCCUAGAAUCUGGGCUUGGGGCCAGGAGAAUAAGAUAUAUGCUUGUAUGAUGGUGUUCUUCCUCAGUAACAUGAUUGAAAACCAGUGCAUGUCUACUGGCGCCUUUGAGAUAUCACUGAAUGAUGUGCCUGUUUGGUCCAAGCUAGAGUCCGGCCACCUUCCCUCCAUGCAGCAGUUGGUUCAGAUCCUAGAGAACGAGAUGAAGCUUAAUGCACAUAUGGACACUCUGCCCCUCCAGCGCUCUUAAGUCAAGAUGGUUGGACAGUCAGAGUUAUGCCCUUUUCUGUAUACGACAGGAGUUCCCAGUCAGUAAGGUGGCUCUAAUGAAGGUCUGCGCUGAAAGCAGUGCGUCUGCUAGUGUAGACUGGAUGUCCCCGUCCAUUUUACUGCUAGUUGUGGGACUCCUGACGUACACAGUGGGUUAACCGCCUCUGGCUUAGCGACGGUUUUAUCGUAAUGGUGGGACGUCUUAUUUGAAAUGUGCUUGUGGACUCUAAACAAUAUGCAAUAGGCAGUAUUUUACUGAGCUUAGCUAUUCAUUGUCAAUCAGUAAGCAGUUUGAAUGCAUAAGGUGCUGACAGUCGGUGAGAGUGAGAGAUGUGCUUGUGCAUUUCCCAUCAUAUUAACUGUAUUUCUGUACGUUUUGAGGGCCAAAGUUAUAUGUUUAUCACUGCAAACACACUUUUUCCACCCAACUUUCUUUUUUUUUAUAUACUUAUGCAUAAUUUUACAGAUUAAUUUUGUCUGAUUGUAAACAAAGAAACGCACAGGUGUAAAUUAUUGUGAAUUUACCUAUAAGGUCAAAGAGUUUUAUCCAUAUCCAAAUCUUAGCUGAAUACAAAUUAAAUACAUUUUUGCAUAUUUAUCCAGAUCAUGAAAUGUACUUCAGACUCAAUAUAUUUCAAUUUGUUGUGAUUUUUUUUUUU